UGGAGGGUUUUGCCGUUUCCAAUGGCUGCAUUUUUGUUCUUCAAUUUCUUACUUCUUGUUCAGCCAGCUUUCCAGCGAUUAGAUAGCAACAAGUUUCUGAUAUACAAUGAAAACCUCAACCUUUGUAUACAUCAAAACGCUCAUUCCGCCAUCCUGGAUUACUGUAAUGAGGCUACUGAGGGGCAACAUUUCAAGUGGGUUUCCAAUGACCAGAUACUGAACAUGGCAGUCAACUUAUGCCUGGCAGUGCCUUCAAAUUCCAGUGAGGCCUUGGUCACACUCUUACCCUGUAACAAGACCAGUGCACUUCAGAAAUGGGGGUGCAGAAAUGAUACCCUUGCACUUGAAGGAGAAGAGCUGUUUCUACAGCCUAACGGUGGACCUAAGAGUGGUGUGAAGUUGUCUAAAACAUCCAACUCCAAGAGUGCCUGGAAGAUCUAUGGAACAAAAGACAGCUUGUGCUCUAAGGGCUAUGAAGAACUGUUUACUUUGGGUAGCAAUGGCUUUGGAGCCCCCUGUGCAUUCCCCUUCAAGUAUGAGAACAAGUGGUAUGCUGAAUGCAUCCCCGAUUAUCAUGAAGGUGGGCGACUCUGGUGUGGAACAACUGCAGAUGUGGACCAAGACAGUUUAACUGGAUAUUGUCCACUAACAGAUGGCCAUGAUGAAUUAUUUUGGAUCACAAAUCACUGGACAGGAGACCAUUAUCAAAUCAAUCACCAGUCAGCUCUAACAUGGGACCAAGCAAGAAGAAGUUGUCAGCAACAGAAUGCAGAAUUAGUGAGCAUCACAGAACUGAAUGAACAAAUGUAUCUAGCAGGGUUAACAAGUGGUGUGGAUAACGGACUCUGGAUAGGACUUAACAGUUUGGAUCUUGACAGUGGCUGGCAGUGGAUUGGCAACCACCCUUUCAGAUAUUUAAACUGGGCACCAGGUAAUCCAUCUCCAAAGGCUGCCGACAUCUGUGGAUCAAUGGAACCAAGGAAUGGCAAAUGGAAAAGUAUUAAGUGUGAACAGCAACUGGGAUACAUUUGCAAAAAAGAAAACUCUUCAGCAGAUGCUUCUGAUAUCCCUUCAGAUUACCCUAAGCAUAUUAAAUGUCCAGAUGGCUGGAUCGCAUACGCAGGCCAAUGUUACCGUCUUCACAGAGACUCCAAGACAUGGAAGGGGGCACAGUUGGCCUGCCGAAAGGAAGGUGGAGAUCUAACAAGCAUACACAGCAUAGAAGAACACAGCUUUGUCAUUUCUCAGCUUGGCUACAAUCCAACAGACCUACUCUGGAUAGGACUGAAUGACCUGGAGACGUCAAUGUAUUUUGAAUGGAGUGAUAGGACAAAAGUGCGGUUCACCAAGUGGCAGCGAGGAGAACCCAUGUACAUAGCCAAUGCAGAAAAAGACUGUGUCAUCAUGAGCGGGGAGAAUGGAUACUGGGCAGAAUAUUUCUGUGAAACAGAACUUGGAUUCAUCUGUAAAAGAGAACCUUUGUCAUCUGUUCCUGAAGAACCUGAAAUUGCUGAUCCAGCAUGUCCAAAAGACUGGAAAAGGCAUGGUUUAUAUUGUUAUUUAACUGGAGAAAGGUUUCAGACAUUUUCAGAAGCAAAGCUAGUCUGUGAAGACCUCAAGGCUUCUCUGGCUUCUGUGGAGGACAGAUAUGAACACGCCUACCUGACUAGUCUAAUUGGGCUGCAUCAUGGGAAAUAUUUCUGGAUUGGCCUUUCAGAUGUAGAACAACCAGGGACAUUCAACUGGACCAAUGGAGACAAAGUUCUGUUCACCCACUGGAAUUCCCAAAUGCCUGGGCAAAAUUCUGGCUGUGUUGCCAUGAGAACUGGAACGGCAGCAGGAUUGUGGGAUGUUCUGAACUGUGAGGAGAAAGCACAUUUCCUCUGUAAACAACGAGCACAAGGUGUGACACCUCCUCCUGUCCUGCCACCAACUACCCCACCUCCAUGCCCAAAAGACUGGUCUCCAAUUGGAAGCAGAUGUUUCAAAGUAUUUAACGAUGGAAAAAAGCAAAUGCAAACUUGGUUUGAGGCUCGAGAUUUUUGUCAAACAAUUGGAGGAGAUCUGAUUUCUAUCCAUAGCCAUGAAGAACAGGAAGUGAUUUCUCAAAGUUUUAGAUUUCGUAGAUAUUGGAUUGGAUUAAAUACCUUGGACCCUGAAAAAGGAGUUAGUUGGAGUGAUGGAUCUCCUGUAGACGUUAAUAAUAUGCUCCCUUGGUAUUCACGUGACAGCAACGAUCAAUGCACAGUAUCAAACUUUUAUUUCUGGAGACCUUCAGAAUGUCACAAAAUGCUUCCUUGGGCUUGCCAGAUUAAUAGAGGUGCACCCAUAAACCCAGAACCAAACGAUAAUUUUGACUAUAUAUACAAAAGAGUAGAAGAUGGCUGGAUUGAAUUUGGGGGCAAUGAGUACUAUUUUAGUAACAGAACUCUAUCUGCUGAAAAUGCCCGGAGAUUUUGCAAGAAGAAUAAUGGAGAUUUGACAGUCAUUGAGAAUCAAAAUGAACAAAAUUUUUUGUGGAAAUAUAACCACUUGUAUGGAAUUGACCAUGAUGCGUACAUUGGUUUAAUUGUGAGUUAUGACAGAAAAUUCUAUUGGCUGGAUGGAAGUCCAGUGACCUUUGAAGCAUGGGCCUACAAUGAACCAAACUUUUCAAAUGACGAUGAGAACUGUGUGGCUAUGACUACCUACUAUGCAGGUUUAUGGAAUGAUAUCAAUUGUGGUUCUGAGUUGAGCUUCAUCUGUGAAAGGCACAACAAAUCUGUCCGUUCGUCUGUUGCCCCCACAUCACCCGCACCUCAGAAGGGCUGUGAUGAAGGCUGGCUUUUGUUCCAUAACAAGUGCUUCCAAAUGUUUGGUUUUCAUGAAGAAGAGAGAAAAAAUUGGUCUGAAGCACGUGCUGCUUGCAGAAAACUAGAAGCAGAUUUGACAUCUAUACGAAACACAGCUGAUCAAGCUUUCCUUACUAUGAACUUAAUAAGUAUUUCAACUGAUGCCUGGAUCGGACUUUAUCGUGUAUGGAAACCACGAUACCUAUGGACAGAUGGAAGUACUGUCUCAUAUACAAACUGGAUUCCGGGUUUUCCCAAUCGUAAUGGCGAGUGUGUUGCAAUGGAAAAGAGGCCUGAAAUGCAGGCAGGAUAUUGGAGAAAUGAACCAUGUUCACUUAAGAAAAGCUACAUCUGCAGAAAAAACACUGAAACUGUAAUAUUUCAUUCUGCAACUACUGCUCCAGUCUCUGGCUAUAUUCGUUAUGGAAACAGCAGCUAUUCUGUCAUUAGCUCUAACAUGACAUGGGAAGAUGCAAGAAAAAAAUGUCAGUCUGAAGACGCAGAGCUUGCCAGAAUUCUGAAUCCCUACAGCCAAUCAUUCCUGUGGCUACAGGUGUUAAAAUAUGGGGAGCCUGUGUGGAUUGGUCUAAAUAGUGACAAGACUGGCAAGACAUACAAGUGGAUAAAUAUGAAGAAAUUUAUAUAUACUAACUGGUUUGCUGGAGAGCCCAAACAGAAUAUAGCCUGUGUCUAUUUAGACCGUGAUGGUUUCUGGAAAACAGCAACUUGCAGUGAAACACAUUUCUUUGUCUGUGAGAAGCAUCAUGGUAUAAUCCCAAUUGAUCCUCCAGAGGUCCCAGGAAAAUGUCCUGAAGCUCUAUCACAGAUGCAGAGAUCCUGGAUUCCUUUUCAAGCUCAUUGCUAUUCAUUCAACACAGCAAAAGUUAGCUGGUCUUCCGCAUCCAUAAUGUGUGCUCAGUUAGGUAGUACCUUGACUUCAAUAGAAGACUUAACUGAAAUGAAUUUCUUACGGGAAGACUCUGCACGACUUGGUCUUUCCAGCUAUUGGAUUGGAUUGUACAAAAGUGUUGAUGGAGGAUGGAAAUGGGAAGACGAAACUUCAGUGGAUUUUGUCAAUUGGAAAAGUGGAGAACCCAGAGAGUCUGAUAGCUACUUUAAUUUUGAUUACGAGGGGAAUUUGAGGUUUCGUGGCAAAUGCAUUUACAUGAACAGCAUUGACGGGGAAUGGUCUAGUGAUAAUUGUGAUUAUUCGACUUCUGGAUAUAUUUGCAAAACACACAAAAUUGUUGAAGAGCCAACUACAGAGCCUUCCAAAAAAUCAGUGCCUGUAGCGGCUCCUGCAUCAGCACAUGGCACAGUUGUGGCGGUGAUUGUAAUCUUCAUCUGCAUUAGCACUGGAAUUGCAGCAUAUGUUUUCUAUAAAAAAAGAAGUUACAAACAAAGCACAGCUGGCUUUAGCAACUCCUUAUAUCAGGAGCAACUUCACAAUAAUGACUCAGAAUCUCUUGCUAAAUCUGAGAACAAAGAGGGACCUUAAUGAAUGUAUUGAUAAAUUGAUAGAAGUAACUUUUGUUGAAACAAGCAAUAUGUAGAUAUACUGUACUUUCUAGAGUUUUAAUUACAAAGUCUAAAAUUGGGACAACAAUAUCAAGCAUAUGUACCUGUACAGUGAAAGCAAAGGAGUUAGCAAUUGAUAUAAAAUGCACAGAUCUAGUAAUAGAAGGCAUUCACAGAAAGAUAAUAUAGAGAUAUAUAAUAUUAACUAAAAAUUCUGAUUGUUUAAUAGUGCCCAAUGAAAAUAAAGUAUCUGGGACCAACUAUACAAGCAUAGAAAUUAUAAUGUGGUGGUAUGAAUGGUGUUUUGAAUAGCAGAUAGCAUAGAUCAAAGAUCAUGAAAGUGUAAGUCUAUAUCAUUUAAGGAACGUAUGAUAUUAAUGCAUGUGCAUCUAAAAAUAUAUGAAGCUUUAAAAGCCUAAGAAGAAGAACUAUACAUUGUACUCCAUACCACAAAAAUUCUCAAUAGCAGAUUUUGUUUUGCUGUUGGAAGGAAUGUUUUCUAAAAUAAUGAACACAGAUAUUAUUCCUAAAUUCUAUGCAGAUCACAGUCCUAUAGAGACUUAGGCAAGCAAAAAGGAUAAACAAUGGGACUACUCAAAAUCCAGUAUUCCAUGAAAAAUGUGAAAGAGAAUUAGAAUCAAGAAUUAACCAAAAUGACCAAUACACACUCCCUACUAUAUGGAAAGGAAUCAAGCCUUUAUGAGGGGACAGUUUACUUUUUAUUCAUUGGCUUUAAAUGAGAAAAGAAAAAAAGGAAGACAGAAAUUAAUUGAUAUGUAAUUUAGAAUGAGAAUUUUAAAAGAAUAAUGAUAUGGAAAUAACCUAUAGGAAAAUGAAAGGAAUUGCCAGCCAAUUAGAUCUACAGUAUUCUUAUGAAGUGAUGAAAGAAUGAAUUGUAUUACUUUUUAAAAGGUGUUUAAGUGGAUAAACUAUUCACAUUCAGACUAAAGCGGGGGGUGGGGUGUAUAAGAAAUGAGCCAUAAAAACUAAAUAUGGUUUAUUAGCACUUGGGGGAUUUAGAGAUAAUGCAAGUUUGAAGACUAUUAUAAAGAACUGUAUACUGUAAGUAAUUGAGACAGAGACUAUCAAAGAAAAUCUCAUCUAAAAAUACAAGGUUUGCAAGAAUUGAAGAAACAAGUAACUGAUGAGCAAAUUAAGAAAGAGAGUUUAAAAGCUCUUAUAUUAAAGCAAAACAGGAAAAACAGCAGGACUAGAUGUUUUAAUAUCAACCUAUUGUUAGAUCUUUGCAAACGUUGCCCUCCAUUAGUUAAUGUUCAGAGUGAAGAUCUCUUCUCAGGAAAUCUUCCACAUAGGGGCGUAGCAAGUUUGUAGUGGGCCCAGAGACAAUAUUUUAAAAUGCCCCCCUCCUCUCACCAAAGUUCAGCUCAUGAAGUAAAGAAAAGGUUUUGUAAAUUGUGGACGAUGCAAGUCAUUUAAUGGUACUAGAGAAAGACAUGCUGUUCUGCUAGCUCCAGGUCUUAACACUCACAUCAAUUUCGGAGGAUGAAAACAACUGAAGGAAGCCCGGCGGGUGCGCAGCUGGGGGAGUCAGUCAUGUGACUUGCCUCUGGGGGGGCCCCAAGGCAGUGGGCCCCCAGACAACUGUCUCCCCUUGCCCUAUUGUAGUUACACCCCUGCUUCCACAUUUAUCAAACAAAGCAGGAAUAAUAGUUAUUCCCAAGUCAAACAAAGAGUUUACAUUAGAUAACUCAUACUCCUCUAUAACUCCUAUUGCUAUUAAACAAUGGGCAGCAUCCAGACUAGUUAUUCAUGACUAAGCACCAUGGAAAUUUAUGGGUCUUAAGUUAAUCAGGACUAAUUUGUCUGGAUGCUGCCCAAUGGUUAAAAGAUUUUCACUUGAACAUUAGCUAUCAUAUUAAUAACUAUCCAAUAUUAGCUAUCAAAGCAACAGCUUUUCAUAGUGAUCAAGUAGGAUUUUAAAGUAAUAACAGAUACUUGCAAGAUAACAAAAUAAUAAAUAUAGUUGUGCAUAUAAAGAAAUCAUAUCUUACAUUCCUGAUCAUAUUGCAUCUCUACACAAAUGAAAUUUGCCCAAAGGUUUGCCAUUGACUUUAACUUUGGCCAUAAGCAAACAAUACAUUGUCCUCGUCCAAAGUUAUUUCCUAAUUGAAAUACUUUCACUACCUCAGAUGGCCUUUCCCAUCAAACAGGGCCUAUAGAUGGGGACAUAGCUCAGUGGAAGAGCAUCUGAUCUGCAUGUAGAAAGUCUCAGGUUCCGUCCCUGGCAUCCCCAGUGUGGGCUGGGAAAGACUACUGCCUAAAACCUUGGAGAGCUGCUGCCAGUCAGUGUAGGCAAUAUUGAGCUAGAUCAGGCCUGCUCAACUUAGCAGCCCCCCCGCCCAGCUGUUUUUGAACUACAACUCCCAUAAUCCCCAGCCACAGUGGCUAGUAGCCAGGGAUUAUGGGAAUUGUAGGCCAACAUCUGCAGGAGGGCCAAAGUUGAGCAGCCCUGAGCUAGAUGUACCAAUGCUCUGACUUGGUAUAGGGCAAGUCACUUCUUAUGUGCCUAUAUGGGGCAGAGAUGCCUUUGUCAGCACUGCUGUUUGUCUUAUGUUUAGCGCCAUUAGCAAUAAAUAGAAGAGAGAAUUCUGCAAUUAAAGAUUGUGAAUUUAAAAUCAGCCCCCCUGCAGAUGAUGAUAUCAGACCAAUCAAUCUGACAAAAUCUAUAAAGAAAGAGCUAAAUCAUUAUAGCUUGUCUUAGAAAGAAAGAAAGAAAGAAAGAAAGAAAGAAAGAAAGAAAGAAAGAAAGAAAGAAAAUAAAUGUGUUGCUCAACGUUCAUAUUCAAAAUCAGAUUAAGACAUUUAUAAAAGAGGAUAUUUUUGAGUAAGUAAAGCCAUCUGAUAUUUGGGUGUGCAAAUAUCAAGAAACAAGAAAUACCUGUUUAGAAACAACUAUGAAUAUUGUAUCCAAAGGUAAGCAUGCAUGUAGGAAAAUGUAGACUAAAUCUCUUCCUAGUCGGGAGAUUAAAUGUGAUAAUGAUGAUCCUCAUCAUCUAAUGUUCUGUUCUAAACAUCACCUACAAAUAAAUAGAUUUUUUAAAGUCGCAAUCCGGGCAAAAUACAAGGUGUUGGUCAUAAUCUAUAAAGCCCUACACAGUCUAGGGGUGCUUCUGGAUCCAAGUCUGUCCUUGGUGUCCCAGGUUGAGGCAGUGGCCAGAAGUGCCUUCUAUCCGCUUCGGCUGAUAAACCAGCUGCGUCCGUUGCUUGAGAUAGAUGACCUCAAAACAGUGGUACAUCUGCUGGUAACCUCCAGACUGGAUUACUGCAAUGUGCUCUAUGUGGGGAUGCCCUUGUACGUAGUCCAGAAACUACAGCUGGUCCAGAAUACAGCAGCCAGGCUGGUCUCUGGGUCAUCUAGGAGAGACCAUAUUACUCCCGUAUUGAAGGAGUUACACUGGCUGCCGAUAUGUUUCCGGGCAAAAUACAAGGUGUUGGUCAUAACCUAUAAAGCCCUAAACAGCUUGGGCCCUGGGUAUUUAAGAGAACAUCUUCUUCGUUAUGAACCCCACUGCCCAUUGAGAUCAUCAGGAGAGGUCCAUCUGCAUUUUCCACUGGAGAUGCACAUCAACUCUCAGUGCAUUCCCACAGAACAUGCUGACAUACAUGAUUUGUUAGGAUGCCAGCCAGUUAAGAUUGUGACCACAUGGUAUAUUAUCACAGAAAAAUCCUAUAAAAUUAAUGUGAAUUGUGACAACAAAUGCUGGAAGCGCAAAAAAAGAAGUCAGUCCCACAUUAAAAAUCCAAUAAAAGGCAUUAUGAAGAGUACAUUUGACUUAGAUCCCUUGUAUUUAUUUUAUCAUAUGUCAACAAUUUUCUUGAAAAAUGCACUGAUUUAGCUUAUUUACUCAUAGCAGCUUUAAAUUAUGUUUACAAACUGAUUGCAGAAUGAUAGAAAAAAUUAUAUCAUUUUGCUCUAAUGGGAAAGCUGACAGCAUAUGACAGAGUAAGGGAGGCAGAGGAGUAAUACAUGUGGAAAUCAUUGGUUUUUUGUUUGGUAAAUCUUGGCAGAAUAAAGUAUACUCCAUUGAUUCACAUUGAUUCAAUAUGUUAUGAAACCUACUUACAGCUAAAACAUUUCAGUGGUUUGAAUGAUAACAUGAUAUUAUCUACAUCUGGCUGUAUAAUAUAAUGUAUACAAUAUUGUAAAUUUGCUUUUAUAUAUUUGAGAAUAAACAUUUACAUUUUUAAAAAUU